ACUCAUUUUAAAGGAAAUCGCAAAGAAAGAAACAAACAGAGCUAAAGCUUAAUACUUAAUCCUCACCAAGCAAAUUACUUUAAAGCAUUUUCUUCUUCUUCUUCUUCUUCUUCUCAGUUUUCUUCUUAUUAUUAUUAUCAUCUUUUUUUACAAUAACCCGCCAAAUUAAAAAAAAAAAAACCCCCCCUCCAAAAUCUUGGUAUUUCUGGGAAAGAAAAAGAGGAAUUUCGAAGCGUUCGAGGUUGUUCGGAGAGAACAACAAGCUUUCGCUUCAACAAGUUCCGAAAUUUCUCUUUUGUUAAUCGCUGGUUUUGAAUAAUUAUGUGAAUCGAACCCUUCCUGAAGAAUUUGGAGAGGUUUCUGCUCGUUAAUCGUGUGUUUUUGUUUCUGGGCUUCUGGGGUCUUAACAAAGAUGACAAACUCUUCUGAGAAGUUAGAAAAGCACGCAAACGCUGCGCCUCAUGUGAGGGAAGACAGUGAAUAUGUUAGGCUGGUUAUAUCCAAUGAAACACGAGCCACAGAAGCUGAGAUUUUGCAGCCUCAGGCAGAAUCCAGGACCAACCCUCUCCUUUGGUGGGUCAAGGCCUUAGUCUUGUGUGUUGUUACCAUUAUUCUACUUCUUUUUUUGUUGAAGUGGGGAGUUCCGAUUGUUUUUGAAAAGGUUCUCAUCCCAAUCAUGAAAUGGGAAGCCACUGCUUUUGGCCGUCCUGUUCUUGCUAUUGUUCUUGUCGCUUCUCUGGCGCUGUUUCCUGUGAUCUUAAUUCCUUCUGGUCCAUCCAUGUGGCUGGCUGGAAUGAUUUUUGGAUAUGGUCUCGGCUUUGUUAUUAUCAUGGUUGGGACAACUAUUGGAAUGGUCCUUCCCUAUUUUAUUGGUCUACUGUUUCGCGAUCGCAUCCAUCAAUGGUUGAAAAGAUGGCCGCAGAAAGCUGAGAUGAUUAGACUUGCCGGGGAAGGGAGCUGGUUCCAUCAAUUCCGGGUCGUAGCUAUCUUUAGGAUUUCGCCAUUUCCAUACACAAUUUUCAACUAUGCAGUUGUAGUGACAAGUAUGCGAUUUUGGCCCUAUCUAUGGGGAUCGAUUGCUGGAAUGGUGCCAGAAGCUUUCAUUUACAUCUAUAGUGGUCGGUUAAUACGAACAUUAGCCGAUGUUCAGUACGGAAACUAUCACUUGACUACAUUGGAGAUUGUAUACAAUAUUAUCUCCUUAAUCAUUGCGAUUAUUACCACGGUUGCAUUUACCAUCUAUGCCAAAAGAGCUCUAAAAGAGCUUCAAAAGGUGGAAACUAACGGAGAAGCAUCCGUCUACAACCGUGAAAGUUUCGAGAUAGAGAAGCUUCCGCUUGAAAGACCUAAGCAUAUAGGACUGCCCUACAUUUCAGCGUAGCCGGAGUAUUUGAGAAAUAGCUUAGUUAGCUGGAAAAAAAAAAAAAAAAAAGAAUCAGAAGUUUUAGGGGCAUUAGAUUCUUUGACCUCUGUAAUUUUCCUUUCUUCUAUUUCAUUUUUGUAGUUUCUAGGGCAGGCUUGAUUUUUGUAAUUACAAAAGGAGGAAAAUAAGGAUAAAAGAAAUCUUCUCUUACAUUUUGUAUAAUAAUAUUCAAAAGGUUUAUAAUAACGUUGGCUUCU